AUGGAGUGUUCGUAUGUAGUCCAGAUCCGUCGGUUCAUCGAAUCGGUCAGCGAGUUCACCGACUCCAAAGUCGAUAUUGUGGCUUAUUCAAUGGGAGCCCCUUUGAUCGAUGGAUUGUACUGUAAUUCGUCUUUCAUCAGGGAUAUUAACUCGAGGCAUGGCUACGAGGCAGCCGAGGUGCUCGCUAUCUAUAAUCCCCAAGAUGAAUGGAUUGGGGACUCGUCACCAUGCGGAGUUCCUCCAUACACGUUGGCCGGAGCCGAGAUGCAUUUGUUCUCACGCUCCUUCCACGUGGACGUCCUAUGGAAAUCUGCGAAAGAACAGUUGGCGUUGAUCAGGCGGAAAUACGAAGUUGAUAACCUUCUCGAGGACAUGCAGACUGAAGCAGAGGAGGCGAGAACGCCUCCAAGCCCGAACCACUCGACGUGGUGGGACUACAAUAUCCGGAGAGAUCUUCUCCACUGGUACAACUGGUGGUAC